AUGAAGUCUUUCACUGCCAUCUCCUCCCUCCUGCUCCUCGGAGCCGCCUCCGUCUUCGCCGCUCCCGUCUCGGAGCGGGAAGUCCCGGCACCAACUGAAAUGGACAUCACGUCGUUCAGCGCCAACACGUUGCCGCACGGCGAUGGUGCCUUCAUCUCCUUCAACCUAGCCAUCCCCGGCACGACCAUCAACACGCAGUGCGCGUACUCCGACGGGACCUCGAUCUCCUCGCUGCCCCGCGUCCCGCUGCGCAAUUGUGCCGACCCGGCCGUCUCGUGGCAGUUCAACCAGGACCCCUCGCAGCCCGGCACCCAGGGCCAGUACCGCGUCGUCAUCACCUACGCCUACGACGGCGUCAAGCGCGUCGCUGGAUACCACGAGUGGCCCGCUACUGACUUCCCGCUCGAGGAGUGGGGAUCCACUUACGAGACGUUCUACCGUGGGCAGGCGGAUUUCUCGAUCAAUAACUUGGCUUAG